UUCUCUCUGGCCGCCUCUCUGGUCCCCACGCACUGCUUUCGCACUCGCAUUUCACCCUGGACGGAAGCCUCCGGAGAUGCAGCCACCUGGGGCUGCCCGGUGCGGGCCGAUCGCACUCUGGCUGGGGCCAUGCUGACGAUCCGAGGGGGGCAAAGUUGGUACCGGAGACUCUCGGCUCUUAAGAAAUAUACCCAAUUGCCUGGGGAUUACGGAGCUGUCGGGGACUUUAAAGCGACGCUUUGAAGGUUCGACUGGGCUGGUCCCGAGAGUGAAGCCAUGGGGAGACAUUUGGCCUUGCUUCUGCUUCUGCUGCUCCUCCUCCUGCGUUUUGGAGACAGCGAUGGAAGCCAAAGACUUGAACAGACUUCGAUUCAGUUUACACAUUUCCAGUACAAUGUCAGUGUGCACGAGAACUCUGCAGCCAAGACCUACGUUGGGCACCCCGUCAAGAUGGGUAUUUACAUUACAAAUCCAUUGUGGGAAUUAAGGUACAAAAUCAUCUCAGGAGACAGUGAAAACUUGUUCAAAGCAGAAGAGUACAUCCUUGGAGACUUUUGCUUUCUAAGAAUAAGGACCAAAGGAGGAAAUACAGCUAUUCUUAAUAGAGAAGUGAAAGACCACUACACACUGAUAGUCAAAGCAGUUGAAAAAAAUACUAAUGCUGAAGCACGCACCAAGGUCAGAGUGCAAGUGCUGGAUACAAAUGACUUGAGACCAUUGUUCUCACCCACCUCCUACAGUGUGUCUUUACCUGAAAACACAGCCGUACGGACCAGUAUCGCAAGAGUCAGUGCCACAGACGCAGACAUAGGAACCAAUGGGGAAUUUUACUACAGCUUUAAAGACCGAACAGACAUGUUUGCUAUUCACCCGACCAGUGGUGUUGUCGUUUUAACCGGGAGACUAGAUUUUGCAGAGACCAAGCUCCAUGAGAUGGAAAUUCUUGCUGUGGACCGUGGAAUGAAAUUGUAUGGCAGCAGCGGUAUCAGCAGCAUGGCCAAGCUAACAGUUCAUGUAGAACAGGCCAAUGAGUGUGCUCCUGUGAUAGCAGCAGUGACCUUGUCACCGUCCGAACUGGAGCGAGACCCAACAUAUGCGAUUGUAACAGUCGACGACUGUGAUCAAGGUGCCAAUGGGGAGGUUGGGUCAUUGAGCAUCGUGGCUGGUGACCCCUUUCAGCAGUUUCGGACUGUGAGGUCGUCUCCAGGCAGUAAAGAAUACAAAAUCAAAGCAGUUGGUGUCAUUGACUGGCACAGCUAUUCCUUUGGCUACAACCUGACGCUUCAGGCUAAAGAUAAGGGCACACCUCCCCGGUUUUCUUCUGUGAAAGUGAUUCAGGUGACUUCACCACAUUUCAAAGCCGGGCCGGUCAAGUUUGAAAAAGCUGUCUACCGAGUAGAAAUCAGUGAAUUUGCACCUCCCAACACACCGGUGGUCAUGGUCAAAGCCAUACCUAAUUAUCCUCACCUGAGGUAUGUUUUUAAAAGUACACCUGGAAAGGUUAAGUUCAGUUUAAACCACAGUACUGGACUCAUUUCCAUUUUAGAACCAGUUAAAAGAGAGCAGGCUUCCCAUUUCGAACUGGAAGUCACCACAAGUGACAGGAGCGCCGCCACCAGAGUCCUGGUGAAAGUGGUCAGUGCAAACAGCAACCCGCCUGAGUUUUCUCAGGCAGCGUACACGGCGUCCUUUGAUGAGAAUGUGCCAGUCGGUACCAGUGUCAUGAGUGUGCGAGCCGUGGACCCUGACGAGGGUGAGAACGGGUACGUGACUUACAGCAUCACAAACGUCAACCACGUGCCAUUUGUGAUGGACCAUUUCACUGGCGCCGUGAGUACUUCAGAACACCUGGACUAUGAAUUGAUGCCACGAGUCUACACGCUCCGGAUCCGGGCCUCCGACUGGGGCGUGCCGUACCGCCGGGAAGUGGAAGCCCCAGCGACCAUCACCCUGAAUAACUUGAAUGACAACACGCCGUUGUUUGAGAAAGUAAAUUGCGGGGGAACAAUUCCCAGGGAUCUCGGUGUGGGAGAGCAAAUAACUACUGUUUCUGCUAUCGAUGCCGACGAACUUCAGUUGGUGCGAUACCAGAUUGAAGCCGGAAAUGAACUGGGUCUGUUCACCUUGAACCCCAGCUCUGGGGUGCUGUCGUUAAAGCAGUCGCUAAUGGAUGGCUUGGGGGCCAUGAUGUCUUUUCACAGCCUGAGAAUUGCAGCGACGGACGGAGAAAACUUCGCCACACCACUGUUUAUCAACCUGACGGUGGCAGCCAGUCGCAAACCAGUAAACUUGCAAUGUGAGGAGACUGGUGUUGCCAAAAUGCUGGCCGAGAAGCUCCUGCAGGCAAAUAAAUUACACCAUCAAGAGGAGGGGGAGGAUAUUCUCUUUGAUUCUCACUCUGUCAAUGCUCACGCACCACAGUUUAGAAGUGCCCUUCCAACCCGUAUUGAAGUAAAGGAAAACCUUCCCGUGGGGGCCAGCAUCAUUUUCCUGAAUGCUACUGACCUCGACACUGGCUUCAAUGGAAAACUGGUCUAUGCUCUUUCUGGAGGAAACGAGGACAGCUGCUUCAUAAUUGAUAUGGAAACAGGAAUGCUGAAAGUUUUCUCUCCACUUGACCGUGAAACAACGGAUAAAUACACCUUGAACGUGACCGUGUAUGAUCUUGGUAUACCACAGAAGGCUGCUUGGCGUCUUCUGGAUAUCACAGUUCUGGAUGCCAAUGAUAACGCUCCGGAGUUUUUACAAGAGAACUAUUUUGUCGAAGUGAGUGAAGACAAGGAGCCUAACAGUGAAAUCAUCCAGGUGGAAGCCACAGACAAAGAUCUAGGGCCCAACGGGCAAGUGGCAUACGCUCUUCUUUCAGACACAGACCAGUUUUCGAUCGAUCGUGUGACGGGGGUUGUGAGGACGGUGCGUCCUCUGGACCGUGAAGUGCAGCACACUCACUAUUUAAAGAUUGAAGCCAGAGAUGAUGCUAAAGAAGAGCCCCAGUUGCUGUCCACCGUUCUUUUGAAAGUGUCCUUGGAAGACGUUAAUGACAACCCACCGAAGUUCAUCCCAUCAAAUUACCAGGUGAAAGUUCGAGAAGACCUUCCAGAAGGAAGCGUAAUUAUGUGGCUGGAAGCCCAUGAUCCUGAUGUGGGUCAGUCUAGUCAAGUGAGAUACAGCCUCAUGGACCACGGAGAAGGGCAUUUUGAUGUUGAUAAACUCAGCGGGGCCCUUCGCAUCACACAGCAGCUAGACUUUGAGAAGAAGCAGGUGUAUAAUCUCACUGUGAGGGCCAAAGACAAAGGGAAACCAGUGUCUCUGUCUUCCACUUGCUACGUGGAAGUGGAAGUCAUUGAUGUGAAUGAGAACUUGCACCCACCAGUGUUUUCCAGCUUUGUGGAAAAGGGUGCAGUGCAAGAGGACGUGCCUGUUGGGGCCUCAGUACUGACGGUAUCGGCCCAUGAUGAGGACAGAGGAAGAGACGGAGAGAUCCGAUACUCCAUUACAGAUGGCUCUGGUGUUGGUGUUUUCAAAAUAGACGAAGAGACAGGUGUCAUAGAGACUUCAGAUCGACUGGACCGGGAGCUGACCUCUCAUUACUGGCUGACAGUCUAUGCAACCGACCAGGGCGUAGUGCCCCUUUCCUCAUUUAUAGAGAUCUACAUAGAGGUUGAGGAUGUCAAUGAUAAUGCCCCGCAGACAUCAGAGCCUGUUUACUAUCCAGAAAUAAUGGAAAAUUCUCCCAAGGACAUAUCUGUGGUACACAUUGAGGCGUUUGAUCCUGAUUCUAGUUCUAAUGACAAGCUGGUGUACAAAAUUACAAGUGGAAAUCCACAAGGAUUCUUUUCAAUACACCCUAAAACAGGUCUCAUCACAACCACAUCAAGAAAACUAGACCGAGAACAGCAAGAUGAACACAUUUUAGAAGUGACCGUGACAGAUAAUGGUAAUCCCCCCAAGUCAACAAUUGCCAGAGUAAUUGUGAAAAUUCUUGAUGAAAAUGACAACAAACCUCAGUUCCUGCAAAAGUUCUACAAAAUUGGACUCCCAGAGCGGGAAAAGACCGAGCGAGAAAGAAAUGCCAAGCGAGAGCCUCUCUACCGGGUCAUCGCCACAGACAAGGAUGAAGGUCCCAACGCAGAAAUCUCCUACAGCAUCGAGGAGGGAAAUGAAUACGGCAAAUUUUUCAUUGAGCCCAAAACUGGAGUGGUUUCAUCCAAGAAGUUUUCUGGAGCUGGAGAAUACGAUAUUCUUACAAUUAAGGCAGUUGAUAAUGGUCGCCCUCAAAAGUCGUCAACUACUCGACUCCAUAUUGAAUGGAUCUACAAACCCAAACCAUCUCCAGAGCCGAUUUUAUUUGAAGAGCCAUUUUUUACCUUUACUGUAAUGGAAAGCGACCCAGUUGCUCACAUGAUUGGAGUAAUAUCAGUUGAGCCUCUUGGCACACCUCUUUGGUUUGACAUCAUCGGUGGCAACUAUGACAGUCAUUUUGAUGUGGACAAGGGCACUGGGACCAUCAUUAUUGCCAAACCUCUUGAUGCAGAACAAAAAUCCAAUUAUAACCUUACGGUGGAGGCCACGGAUGGAACAACAACUAUACUUACUCAGGUAUUCAUCAAAGUAAUAGACACAAAUGACCACCGUCCUCAGUUUUCUUCAUCAAAAUAUGAAGUUGUUAUUCCAGAAGAUACAAUGCCAGAGACAGAAAUUUUACACAUCAGUGCUGUGGAUAAAGAUGAGAAAAACAAACUCAUCUACACGCUGCAAAGUAGUGUUGAUCCCUCUAGUCUCAAGAAAUUCCGUCUUGACCCUGCAACUGGCGCGCUCUCCACGUCUGAACAGCUCGACCAUGAAGCUGUUCACCAGCACGUUCUCACCGUGAUGGUCCGGGAUCAAGAUGUUCCUGUCAAGCGCAACUAUGCCAGGAUUGUGGUUAACAUCAGCGACACCAAUGACCAUGCCCCGUGGUUCACCAGCUCCUCCUAUGAAGGUCGGGUGUACGAAUCAGCCGCCGUGGGCUCAGUCGUGCUGCAGGUUACAGCGCUGGACAAGGACAAAGGGGAAAAUGCUGAAGUGCGGUACUCCAUCGAGUCAGGAAAUAUUGGAAAUGCUUUUACAAUUGAUCCCAUCUUGGGUUCUAUAAAAACUGCCAAGGAAUUAGAUCGAAAUAACCAAGUGGAAUAUGAUCUGAUGGUAAAAGCUACUGAUCAAGGAAGUCCACCAAUGAGUGAAAUCACGUCUGUGCACAUAUUUGUCACCAUUGCCGACAACGCCUCUCCCAAGUUCACAUCAAGCGAAUAUUCUAUUGAAAUUAGUGAAGCUGUCAGCAUUGGGAGUUUUGUGGUGAUGGUUAUGGCCCAUAGUCAGUCAUCGGUGGUAUAUGAAAUAAAAGAUGGAAAUAUUGCUGGUGCUUUUGAUAUCAAUCCACAUUCUGGAAGUAUCGUCACCCAAAAAGCCCUGGAUUUUGAAACUUUGCCCACUUAUACGUUGGUCAUUCAAGGAACUAACAUGGCUGGCUUGUCCACUAAUACAACUGUUCUAGUACAUCUACAGGAUGAAAAUGACAAUGCACCGAUUUUUAUGCAGGCAGAAUACAUCGGACUCAUUAGUGAAUCAGCCUCAAUUAAUAGUGUGGUUCUCACGGACAGCAAUGUCCCAUUAGUGAUUCGAGCGACUGAUGCUGAUACAGAAUCAAAUGCUUUGCUUGUUUAUCACAUUGUGGAACCAUCUGUGCACAAGUAUUUUACUAUUGACUCUAGCACCGGUGCUAUCCAUACAGUAUUAAGUUUGGACUAUGAAGAAGCAAGUGUUUUUCAUUUCACUGUACAAGUGCAUGACAUGGGGACACCACGCCUAUUUGCUGAAUAUGCAGCCAAUGUGACCAUCCACGUCGUUGACAUUAAUGACUGCCCUCCUGUGUUCUCCAAGCCAUUAUAUGAAGCAUCACUUCUGUUGCCAACAUACAAAGGGGUAAAAGUCAUCGCAGUAAAUGCCACGGAUGCCGACUCGAGUGCGUUCUCUCAGGUGAUGUACUCCAUCACGGAAGGCAAUAUCGGGGAGAAGUUUUCUAUGGACUGCAAGACUGGCUCUAUAACUGUACAGAACACAACUCAGUUAAGAAGCCGCUAUGAGUUAACCAUUAGAGCAUCUGACGGCAGAUUUGCCAGCUUGACCUCUGUGAAAAUCAAUGUGAAAGAGAGCAGAGAAAGCCAGUUGAGGUUUACCCAAGAUUCGUACUCUGCAGUCGUGAAGGAGAAUUCCACUGAAGUCCAAACAUUAGCUGUGAUUACUGCGAUUGGGAAUCCAAUCAAUGAGCCCUUGUUUUUUCAUAUCCUCAACCCAGAUCGAAGAUUCAAAAUAAGCCACACUUCAGGAGUGCUCUCAACCACUGGCGUCCCCUUUGAUCGGGAGCAGCAGGAGGCAUUUGACGUGGUGGUAGAAGUCACAGAAGAACAUAAGCCUUCAGUCGUUGCCCAUGUUGUUGUGAAGGUCACCAUAGAGGACCAAAACGAUAAUGCACCGGUGUUUGUCAACCUUCCUUACUAUGCUGUGGUUAAAGUGGACGCCGAGGAGGGUCAUGUGAUCCGCUCUGUUACGGCCGUAGACCGAGACAGUGGCAGAAAUGGGGCAGUGCAUUACUACCUCAAGGAGCAUCACGAACAUUUUCAAAUCGGACCCUCAGGUGAAAUUUCACUGAAAAAACAAUUUGAGCCGGACACCUUAAAUAAGGAAUAUCUCAUCACAGUGGUUGCAAAAGACGGAGGAAACCCAGCCUUUUCAGCUGAGGUUAUUGUUCCCGUCACUGUUAUGAAUAAAGCCAUGCCUGUGUUUGAAAAGCCCUUCUACAGUGCAGAGAUUCCGGAGAACAUCCAGAUGCACAGUCCAGUUGUCCACGUCCAAGCUAACAGUCCAGAAGGAUUGAAAGUGUUUUACAGCAUCACAGAUGGGGAUCCUUUUAGCCAGUUUACCAUUAACUUCAACACGGGAGUUAUAAAUGUCAUCGCUCCUCUGGAUUUUGAAGCCCACCCCGCAUAUAAAUUGUGCAUACGAGCCACUGACUCCUUGACCGAUGCUCACGCGGAGGUCUUCGUUGACAUUAUUGUGGAAGACAUCAACGAUAACCCUCCGGUGUUUGCUCAGCAGUCGUACACUGCAACCCUGUCCGAGGCUUCUGUCAUUGGAACGUCUGUCAUUCAAGUUAGAGCAACAGAUUUGGAUUCAGAACCAAACAGAGGAAUUUCAUACCAGCUGUUUGGCAAUCACAGCACGAGUCAUGAUCGUUUUCACAUCGAUAGCAGCACUGGUCUGAUUUCCCUGGUCAGGACUUUGGAUUAUGAACAGUUCCAGCAGCACAAGAUUUUUGUUAGGGCCAUCGACAGUGGCAUGCCCGCCCUGAGCAGUGAAGUGAUUGUCACGGUGGAUGUCACUGACCUCAAUGACAAUCCGCCCCUGUUUGACCAGCAGAUUUAUGAAGCCAAGAUCAGUGAGCAUGCCAACCCCGGGCUUUUUGUGACUUGUGUAAAAGCCUAUGAUGCAGACAGUUCAGACACCGACAAGUUGGAAUACUCCAUUCUGUCCGGCAACGAGCAUAAGAAUUUUGUCAUUGACGUUGAAACAGGCAUCAUCACACUGUCCAACCUGCGCCGGCACACCUUGAAGCCGCUUUACCACCUGAACGUCUCCGUGUCCGAUGGCGUUUUCAGAAGUUCAGCUCAGGUCCGGGUAACUGUCACUGGAGGCAACUUGCACAGCCCUGUUUUCCCGCAGAACGAAUAUGAAGUCGAGCUAGCUGAGAACGCGCCCUUACAUACCUUGGUGACUGAAGUUAGAGCAACCGAUGAAGAUUCUGGGAUUUAUGGUCACAUCACGUACCACAUUGUCAACGACUUUGCCAAAGACAGAUUUUACACAAAUGAGAGGGGACAGAUAUUUACUCUGGAGAGACUUGAUCGAGAGACGCCAGCAGAGAAAGUGAUCGCAGUUCGUUUAAUGGCUAAGGAUGCUGGAGGGAAAGUUGCCUUCUGUACCCUUAACGUCAUCCUCACAGACGACAAUGACAAUGCACCCCAAUUUCGGGCAACCAAGUAUGAAGUGAACAUCGGAUCCGAUGUGCCUAAGGGGACAUCGGUCAUUAAAGUUCUGGCCAGUGAUGCCGAUGAGGGGUCCAAUGCCGAUGUCACCUAUGCCAUUGAAGCGGAUUCUGAAAGUGUUCAAGAGAAUUUGGAAAUCAACAGACUGUCCGGCGUCCUUACCACCAAGGAAAGCCUAAUUGGUUUAGAAAAUGAGCUCUUCACUUUCUUUGUGAGAGCCGUGGAUAAUGGGUCUCCGCAAAAAGAAUCUGUUGUUCCCGUCUAUGUUAGAAUACUUCCCCCGGAAGUACAGCUUCCAAGGUUUUCAGAACCAUUUUAUACCUAUGCCGUUUCAGAAGACAUUCCGAUCGGCACGGAGAUCGAUCUCAUCCGAGCAGAUCACUGCGGCUCUGUUCUUUACAGCCUCGUCAAGGGGAGCACACCAGAAAGUAAUCGCGACGACUUCUUUGUGAUUGACAGACAGAGCGGGAGGUUGAAGCUGGAGAAGAGUCUUGAUCACGAGACCACAAAAUGGUAUCAGUUUUCCAUACUCGCUCAGUGCACUCAUGAUGACUACGAGGUGGUGGCUUCCGUAGAUGUUAGCAUCCAGGUGAAAGAUGCAAAUGAUAACAGUCCUGUCCUGGAAGCUAAUCCGUAUGAGGCAUUUAUUGUUGAAAACCUGCCAGGGGGAAGUAAAGUCAUCCAGACCAGGGCAUCUGACAAAGACUGGGGAACCAAUGGCCAAGUGAUGUACAGUCUAGAUCAGACCCAGAGUGUGGAGGUCAUAGAAUCUUUCACCAUCAACACGGAGACAGGCUGGAUUACAACUCUAAAGGAACUUGACCAUGAGAAGAGGAGCAGUUAUCAGAUUAAAGUGGUGGCAUCGGAUCAUGGGGAAAAGGUUCAGCUGUCCUCCACAGCCAUCGUGGAGGUCACUGUGACCGACGUCAACGACAGUCCCCCGCGAUUCACGGCCGAGAUUUAUAAAGGGACCGUGAGUGAGGACGAUCCUCCGGGCGGUGUGAUUGCCAUCUUAAGUACCACAGAUGCAGAUUCUGAGGAGAUCAACAGACAAGUUGCCUAUUACAUCACAGGUGGGGAUCCUUUGGGCCAAUUUGCUGUUGAAAAUAUGCAGAAUGAAUGGAAGGUUUAUGUGAAGAAACCACUGGACCGGGAGCAAAAGGAUAAUUAUCUUCUGACUAUCACAGCGACUGAUGGCACCUUCUCUUCAAAAGCCAUAGUUGAAGUCAAAGUUCUGGAUGCCAAUGAUAACUCUCCAGUUUGUGAAAAGACUCUAUAUUCAGACACAAGUCCAGAAGAUGCCUUUCCUGGGAAGUUGAUCAUGCAGAUCUCUGCCACAGAUGCAGACAUCCGGUCCAAUGCUGAAAUUACGUACACGUUAUUUGGCCAAGGUGCAGAAAAAUUCAAACUAAACCCAGAAACAGGUGAACUGAAAACACUAGCUCCGCUUGAUCGUGAGGAGCAAGCAGUUUAUAAUCUUCUAGUCAAGGCAACAGAUGGAGGUGGAAGAUUCUGUCAAGCUAGUAUUGUGGUCACAUUAGAAGAUGUGAAUGAUAAUGCCCCUGAGUUCUCUGCUGACCCGUACACCAUUACUGUGUUUGAGAACACAGAACCUGGCACGCUGUUGACAAGAGUGCAGGCCACCGACGCCGAUGCAGGAUUGAAUCGGAAGAUUUCCUACUCCCUGAUUGACUCUGCUGAUGGGCAGUUCUCUAUUAAUGAAUUGUCGGGAAUUAUUCAGUUGGAGAAGCCUUUGGAUAGGGAACUGCAGGCAGUGUACACUCUUACUUUGAAAGCUGUAGAUCAUGGUUUGCCAAGGAGAUUGACAGCUACUGGCACGGUGGUUGUAUCUGUUUUGGAUAUCAAUGACAACCCACCUGUGUUUGAGUAUCGUGAAUAUGGUGCCACAGUGUCUGAGGACAUUCUUAUUGGAACAGAAGUUCUUCAGGUGUAUGCCGCAAGCCGCGAUAUUGAAGCCAAUGCAGAAAUUACCUACUCGAUAAUCAGUGGGAACGAACAUGGGAAGUUCAGCAUCGAAUCAAAAACAGGCGCCAUCUUUAUCAUUGAAAAUCUGGAUUAUGAAAGCUCUCAUGAAUAUUAUCUGACGGUAGAAGCCACUGAUGGAGGUUCACCGUCGUUAAGUGAUGUUGCAACUGUGAAUGUUAACGUCACUGACAUCAACGAUAACACGCCCAUGUUCAGCCAAGAUACCUACACGGCAGUGGUCAGUGAAGACGCAGUUCUCGAACAGUCUGUCAUCGUGGUUAUGGCUGAUGAUGUGGAUGGCCCUUCCAACAGCCACGUCCACUAUUCAAUUAUAGAUGGCAAUCAAGGAAGCCCCUUUACAAUUGACCCCGUCAAGGGAGAAGUGAAAGUGACCAAACUUCUCGAUCGGGAAACAAUUUCAGGGUAUACACUCACCAUCCAAGCUUCUGAUAAUGGCACCCCACCCCGAGUUAACACCACCACCGUGAACAUCGAUGUGUCUGACGUCAAUGACAACCCUCCAGUCUUCUCCAGGGGAAACUACAGCAUAAUCAUCCAGGAAAACAAGCCUGUGGGUUUCAGUGUACUACAACUCGUGGUAACAGACAGGGACUCUUCUCAUAACGGCCCGCCUUUCUUCUUUACCAUCGUGAGUGGGAAUGACGAUGGAGCAUUUGAAGUGAACCAGCAAGGAGUCCUCCUGACUUCCGCUGCCAUCAAGAGAAAAGUGAAAGAUCAUUACAUACUGCACGUGAAGGUGGCAGAUAAUGGGAAACCACAGUUGUCAUCUUUGACCCAUGUUGACAUCAGGGUCAUUGAGGAGAGCAUCUAUCCUCCUGCAAUUUUGCCGCUCGAGAUUUUCAUUACUGCUUUUAGAGAGGAAUACUCCGGCGGUGUCAUUGGGAAGAUCCACGCCACAGACCAAGACGUGUACGACACUUUAACCUACAGUCUUGAUCCCCAAAUGGACAGCUUGUUCUCUGUUUCCAGCACAGGGGGUAAGCUGAUAGCACACAAAAAACUAGACAUAGGGCAGUACCUGCUCAACGUCAGUGUGACGGAUGGCAGAUUUACCACGGUGGCUGACAUCACAGUGCACAUCAGACAGGUCACACAGGAGAUGCUGAACCACACCAUUGCCGUGCGCUUUGCUAACCUUACGCCGGAGGAGUUUGUGGGUGACUACUGGCGCAACUUCCAGCGAGCCCUGCGGAACAUCUUGGGCGUGAGGAGGAACGACAUACAGGUCGUGAGCUUACAGCCCUCUGAGCCGCAGUCACAUCUGGAUGUCUUACUUUUCGUAGAGAGACCAGGUAGUGCCCAAGUUCCCACAAAAACCCUUCUGCACAAGAUUAAUUCCUCGGUGACUGAUAUUGAGGAAAUCAUCGGUGUGAGGAUACUGGCUGUGUUCCAGAAGCUCUGUGCAGGGCUGGAUUGCCCAGGGAGAUUCUGUGAUGAAAAGGUGUCCGUGGAUGAGAAUGCCAUGUCGACGCACAGCACAGCCAGGCUUAGCUUUGUGACUCCUCACCACCAGAGAACGGCUGUCUGUCUCUGCAAAGAGGGAAGAUGCCCAGUUGUCCACCAUGGAUGUGACGACAAGUCGUGCCCUGAAGGAUCUGAAUGUAUCAUGGACCCCAGAGAGGAAAAAUACACUUGUGUGUGUCCUGGUGGCAAGUUUGGCCAGUGCCCAGGGGGCUCCUCUGUAACAUUUACUGGAAAUAGCUUUGUGAAAUACCGUCUGAUGGAAAAUGAGAACAAAUUAGAGCUGAAAUUGGCAAUGCGGCUCCGAACCCACUCUGCUCACGCUGUCGUGAUGUAUGCUCGGGGAACGGACUACAGCAUCCUGGAGCUAGCUGAUGAAUCAGGAUGGAGGGAUGGCUUGAGUCGCCCUGGCAAUAUGUGGAGUGUCACUGCUCAGAAGCCCCUGAGCCCCUCCCAACACAAAGAAGAACCCUCCCUUGCUGAUCUUCUUCAAGUUCUUGUACAAUCUUCCAGCGCAGUGAACUUCAGGUUGUCUUCCAGCAUGGAGAUGUUCGCCAUAUUGUUGUGGGGUCACCUUCACGGAGUGAGGUUGGCAAAAACAUUCCGUUACUACUGCAAAUGCAGUGCCUUAUUCAUAGGGGCGUACUGUGAGAUGAGCGUGAACCCGUGCUCCUCCAACCCCUGCCUCUAUGGGGGCACGUGCCUUGUGGACAAUGGAGACUUCAUUUGCCAGUGCAGAGGAUUGUAUACGGGCCAGCGGUGUCAGCUUAGUCCCUAUUGCAAAGACGAGCCCUGCAAAAACGGUGGGACGUGCUUCGACAGUUUGGAUGGUGCUGUGUGUCAGUGCGAUUCAGGCUUCCGGGGAGAAAGGUGUCAGAGCGACGUGGACGAGUGUGCCGGCAGCCCCUGCCACAACGGGGCCCUGUGUGAGAACACCCACGGCUCCUACCACUGCAACUGCAGCCAGGAGUUCCGCGGGAAGCACUGCGAGGACGCCGCGCCCAACCAGUACGUGUCCACGCCCUGGAACAUCGGCCUGGCUGAAGGCAUCGGCGUCGUCGUGUUCAUCACGGGAAUAGCCUUACUGGUGCUGGUGUUUGUGAUCUGCCGCAAAAUGAUCAGCCGCAAGAGGAAGCGCCAGCCUGAACCGGAAGACAAACACUUGGGACCCACCACAGCUUUCUUGCAAAGGCCAUAUUUUGAUUCAAAGCUAAAUAAGAACAUUUACUCAGACAUACCACCCCAGGUGCCUGUCCGCCCCAUUUCCUACACUCCAAGCAUUCCAAGUGACUCUAGAAACAAUCUUGACCGGAAUUCCUUUGAAGGCUCGGCCAUCCCCGAGCAUCCCGAGUUCAGCACUUUCAACCCUGAGUCCGUGCACGGACACCGAAAAGCUGUGGCUGUCUGCAGCGUCGCGCCCAACUUGCCUCCCCCACCGCCUUCAAACUCCCCUUCUGACAGUGACUCCAUCCAGAAGCCAAGCUGGGACUUUGAUUAUGACACUAAAGUCGUGGACCUAGAUCCUUGUCUCACCAAGAAACCUCUGGAGGAGAAGCCUUCUCUUCCAUACAGUGCCCGGGAAAGCCUGUCUGAAGUGCAGUCCCUGAGCUCCUUCCAGUCUGAGUCGUGUGAUGAUAACGGGUAUCACUGGGAUACAUCGGACUGGAUGCCAACCAUUCCUCUACCAGACAUACAGGAGUUUCCCAACUAUGAGGUGAUUGAUGAACAAACACCGCUGUACUCAGCAGACCCCCACGCCAUUGACACAGACUAUUACCCUGGGGGCUACGACAUCGAGAGCGAUUUUCCACCACCACCAGAGGACUUCCCCGCACCUGACGAACUACCACCAUUCCCUCCAGAAUUCAGCGAUCAGUUUGAGUCCAGACACCCUCCGAGAGACAUGCCCGCCGCGGGCAGUUUGGGCUCUUCCACGAGGAACCGGCAGAGGUUCCACUUGAAUCAGUACCUGCCCAACUUCUACCCCGUCGAUAUGUCUGAACCUCAGAAAACAGGCGCUGGUGAGAAUAGUACUUGUAGAGACCCGUACACUCCUCACGGUCCAGGGUAUCAACGGAACUUUGAAGCCCCCACCGUGGAAAACCUGCCCAUGUCCGUGUACGCGUCCACAGCCUCCUGCUCGGAUGUGUCGGCGUGCUGCGAAGUGGAGUCCGAGGUCAUGAUGAGUGACUAUGAGAGUGGAGACGAUGGCCACUUUGAGGAGGUGACGAUCCCGCCACUAGACCCCCAGCAGCAUACUCAAGUCUGACACUCCCACUCCCCCCAAAGUGCCUGGACUCGGCGAGCCUGGAGCCGAUUGACGUCUCUCCCGCAUUGUUCUCGGCAG